ACUUCUUCAACGUUCUAGCAAUUCAUACCAAGUCAAAAUGAAUCCAAUUCUUGUGAUCGCUUUGAGUGCUGUGUUUGUGGCUCUGGCCGUGGCAACGCCCGUGGAACUGUCCGAGGAACAGAAGACUCUGACUAAGCAAUAUGGUGAGGAGUGCUACAAGGAGAUCAAUCUGACCGAAGAAGAGAAGGCCAGGGUUAAGGCCAAGGACUUCAAGAACCCCACCGAGAACAUGAAGUGCUUCUCCAACUGCUUUUUCGAGAAGGCUGGCACCCUCAAGGACGGUGUUAUCCAGGAGGAUGCCGUCCUAAAGAAACUGGGCGCUCUCAUCGGUGAGGAGAAGACACGUGAGGCAUUGGCCAAGUGCGGUUCCGUCAAGGGGGAAAACAACUGUGAUACUGCAACCAAGUUGUACGAGUGCUUUGAGCCUUUCAAGCACGUCGAAGUCAAGGCAUAAACUAUAAAGCUUAAAACAGGUGCACAUGCAGACAACUUGUAAUCAAUUAAUGCUUCCA